AUGGCUUGGAGCAGCGGCAUGGCCGCCGUGCCCAUCCCCACCACCAUCUUCGUCUUCUUGCUGCUUCUUCCUCUCUGCGUCGUCCGCCAUGCGCGGGCGCAAGAACUUGACAGCGAGGAGGAGUUCAGCUACCGGAGCGGCCGGGACAACAGCCCGGACCGGUGGGGCCUCCUCCGGACGGACUGGGCGGCCUGCUACUGGGGCCGGAUGCAGUCCCCGAUCCGCGUCCCCGGCGACGGUCCGGUCACCGGCCCCCGGAACGGCCGCCUCGCCCGCACCUACCGCUACUCGCCGGCCACCCUGGUGAACCGCGGGCACGACAUCAUGGUGAGGUUCGACGGCAACGCGGGGUCCGUGGUGUUGGACGGCGUCUCGUACAGGCUCCGGCAGAUGCACUGGCACUCCCCCAGCGAGCACGCCCUGGACGGGCGCAGGUACGACCUGGAGCUGCACAUGCUCCACCAGAGCGACAAGGCGAGCAACAAGUACGCCGUCGUCGCGCAGCUCUUCCAGAUCGGGGAGCACCGCGACGAGACCCUGCACAUGCUGGAGCCGUACAUCGAGAGGAUCGCGGACAGGAGGCAGGGGCACGAGGAGGAGAUCGACUACGAGGUGGACCCGAGGAGGCCCGUGAGGGGGAGCGACACGUUCUACAGGUACACGGGCUCCUUCACCACGCCGCCGUGCACCGAGGGCAUCGCCUGGGCGGUCGCCACCAAGGUGCGGCAUGUGUCCCGUCACCAGGUGGAGCUGCUCAGAGACGCCGUCCACGACCAUGCCAGGAGGAACGCUCGGCCGCUCCAGGAGGCCAACGGCAGGGGCAUCGCCCUGUACUACGGCUGGCCUCGUUCCGGUGACGGGAAUUAAGACGGCCGGAAGCGUCUGCACUUAACAUUGUCACUAGUUGAUCUCACUCUAGUUCGUUAGGCUGAAUAUAUAAAC